AUGGAACGUAGCGAGUCUGCUUUAUUCUCUCAGCUCUCAAACGAUCAAAUCCAGAAAAUACGCGAUGCUUUCCAAUUCAUAGAUGAGGACGGUGAUGGAAGAAUAUCUAAGAAAGACCUCGUAAAGAUGUAUUCCAACCUGGGAAAGAGCCAAAUGGAGGCUCAAAUCGAUCAGAUGCUGGCGUCUGAGAAUAACAAGGAGCUCACAUUUCCGGAAUUUUUGACACUCAUGGGUGAAAGACUGCGUAAUUUCCCGGAAGACCAGGAAAUGUCGGACGCACUGCGAGCAUUCAAUCCUUCGGGUGGAAACGAACUUAAUGUCGAUGUUGCUGAGCUGAAAAGCUAUUUGCGAGAUGCCGGGUCAGACAUGACGGCAAUAGAAGCUGUCUUGAAACAGUUUUGUGCUACACAACUGUCAGGAGAACAGAUUUUCAAGGGUCAAAAGUUUCUUGACACGAUAGAGUAA